CCCUCUCUUAAGAAAAGCUCCUUAAAGAUUUCUAUUUUUACAGUACUGCUCAACUUUAUUUGAAAACAUAUAAAAUGGCAAGUCAAUUAAGGUCAAUUUCAAGUUAUUAACAAAUUAUAUUUAAAAAAUGAAGCUCUUCCCUAUUCUCGCUGUUGCUGUCUUGAUCGCUACUGUCUCUGCUGCUCCUAGAAAACAUCGUAAGGGCCAUUCUGGUGGAAACAAGGAAAUCAAUCAAGUUGCUGGUGGUGCAGGCAAUGGCGGUGGAAACAAUGGUAUAGCCUCUGGCCUUCUUGGUGGAGGUAUCUUGUCAAAGAACGAAAACAAGAACGAUAUCAAGCAAAAUGCUGAAAUCAGCUAGACGUCAUACUUCAAUUCAAAUGCUUUGAAAUAAAAGAUUCAAUUUUGUUAUCAUAUUUU